CUUAUAGCCCGGUAGGACGGCUGGAGUGCUCGGCCCGGCCCAAAAUUACAAGUUUAUUCCAUUUUAUUAAAAAAAAUUUUAAAGAAAAGUUUCCGGUUCUGUUCACUUUAACGAAAAAUCAUAUUUUUAUAAUAAAAAAUCAAUCAUAAUACUAUUCAUUUUAUGUUAUAUUUUUUCCUUAUCGAUAAAGCUCAAAAUUUUCAAAUUCAGAUUAAACCCUACCGUUUACCUUGGAGACCUUUGCCUCUCGCUCGCUCUCUCUCUCUGUCUUUGUCGAUCUUGGCAUCUGUCAGUUUCUGACUCUCUGAUCGUAUUUCCACAGUUCAAAGUAGAAACACAACCAACGAAGCGACAAUGAGAAAACCCAAAUCAAAGAAAUCUCGCAUGCAAAGUAAACACUCGGAGCUCCAGGAAGUCGAGCUUCUGAAAUCGUGGAUCGAAUCCCAGCAACCCGAACGUGGUUCCAACCCCACAUCUCUCCCCGCUUUGCCCUUGGACGCCCGCGCUGGCCGCCUCGACUCCACAAGAUUUUCGCGCUACGCCGGCGCCACCAGGUUCGACCAGCUGCCCAUCUCUAAGAAGACCAAGGACGCCUUACGCCAAUCCAAGAAGUAUGUCCAAAUGAGCGAUAUUCAGAGGGCGUGUUUGCCCCACGCCUUAUGCGGCAGAGAUGUUCGCGGUGCUGCCAAGACUGGCUCCGGAAAGACUCUUGCUUUUGUUAUUCCAGUAAGUCUGUUGGGUGGCGUCGUCUCUUUGGUUUUUUUUUAUUAAA